UGUGGAGACAGCAGGGCCCUGGUGUGGGGUGUCUGUGUGUGUGUGUGUGUGUGUGUGUGUAGUUCAAACUCUUCACAUUGUAACUGCAUGUGGAGUCGCUGACUGCUAUCACUGACUGCUGUGUUGGAUCUGUCCUUAGACUUGUUUAUCUUUCUAGUGUUACGGCUGAAGUCUCCAGGGCCACCACUGACUCCAAGGACUCCUCACAUAGGAAGUCUACUAAGUAUAUAUAUGUACUACUCAGGACAAAAAUGAUUUCCCCAAGUGAUGUCCUGCGAAAAAAUCUGAAGAUGGUCCAUGGCUGCCCCAUGGUUUAUGCUUUUGCACACAACUGGGAAAGGAUUGAACAGUUCUGCAGCAGGCCAGAUGACAUUGUGAUAGCCACUUACCCCAAAUCAGGUACCACUUGGAUUAGUGAAAUCUUGGACAUGGUUCUAAAUGAUGGAGAUGUUGAAAAAUGUAAGCGAGAUGUUGUUACUGCUAAAGUUCCCAUGCUGGAAAUGGCUGUUCCUGGAAUGAGAAUGUCAGGUAUAGAACAAUUAGAGAAGAAUCCAUCACCUCGUCUCAUCAAGACACAUCUACCAAUUGACCUCCUUCCUAAGUCUUUCUGGGAGAACAAUUGCAAGAUGAUUUAUCUUGCUCGAAAUGCCAAGGAUGUUGCAGUAUCAUUUUACCAUUUUGACUUAAUGAAUAAUUUUCAACCUUUUCCUGGAACAUGGGAAGAAUAUCUGGAGAAAUUUAUGACUGGAGAUGUGGCCUAUGGUUCAUGGUUUAAUCAUGUGAAGGGCUGGUGGAAGAAAAAGGAAGAACAUCCAAUACUUUUCUUGUACUAUGAAGAUAUGAAAGAGAAUCCAAAGGAGGAAAUCAAGAAGAUUACUAGAUUUCUAGAGAAGAACCUAAAUGAUGAGAUCUUGGAUAAGAUCAUCCAUCACACCUCAUUUGAAGUGAUGAAGGACAAUCCUCUGGUGAAUUACACACACCUGCCCACUGCAAUGUUGGAUCACAGCAAAUCCCCUUUCAUGCGUAAAGGGAUUACUGGUGACUGGAAAAAUUACUUUACAGCGGCCCAGAAUGAGAAAUUUGAUGCCCUUUAUAAAAAAGAAAUAUCUGGAACUACACUUUAAUUUCGCACAGAGAUUUAAACUGUAACUUGAAGAAACAGAAGAUGACCCAUAGUUUUUAGAAACAAAGCAGUUAUAUCUUGGCUGAGCAAUAAAAUGACUAUAGGGAAGAAAAAGCAUAUUUUAAAACUUUGAAUUUUUCAGCAUCAUUAAUCAGGCUUCAGUUUGUUCUUCUGCCUCUGAGUUUCCUAAUUCCCAAAGCCAAGGCCCAUCAUUCCUGUUUUGUAGGUUAAUCCUGCCUUUUCCUAGAUUAGACCAGAUAAGACAGUAUUUACCCUCCUCAGUCUCCCUAUCGUAUGACUGCUGUUUGUAACCUGACACUAUAUUUCCUGCCUCGACUGGUUUCCUUUGAUGAAUUAUUGACCCAGGACACUGUGUUCCACUGCUGUUUACCAGGUGUGUCAAACUCUUCCUGAAGUCAUAGCUCAUCUUCCUCUAUUUGGAUAACACAGUUCAUGUUCCAGAUCCUAUAAUUUUUUUUCUGUACCUUAUUUAAUGUCCAGGUCUCCAAAGGGCAAAGACCUAUAUUGUUCUCUCUAAGGUCUUCCCUGGGGACUGGAGGUUGUCUCUUAGAGACUGUCUCUGUGAGCACCAGGACUUGCUUCCUGUGGACAGUCCUCUUCUCUUAGGAAACCCUUUUCAAUUUCUAUAGAUCACACAUUGCAGUGCUCUGGUCACUUUGAUCUUUCUCCGAAUAGAUUUGGAUUCCCUAAUAGCACCCAAGAUAAGGGUAUAGCUGCCACUGAAAAUUUCCCAGUCUGCUGUCCAAGGAAGACUAGCCUGAGUCUCACUCUGCCCUCCUGACCCAGGAUCCCUCCUACCUACUAUCCCACACUAUGGCUACGUGCUUGGACUCUCGAUAGACGUUUCCGGGAACAUUCAUAUCUCAACUCUGGUUCUUCCAUGCAUGUAGCUAUGCCUCUAUCCAUGUGCAGCAAAAACUUUUAUCUGAAGUUCAUAUCACCAUGUGCCAAAUUAAAUCCAAAGCCACAGUUCUUAAACUGAAGCUCAUUAGAGUGCUCUGGGCUGGGCCUUUCCAUGUUCCAGGAGUUGGAACUUCAAAUGCAUUUUAGACUCCCUGAGGCAUAAUACAAAUAUCAGUGGGUUGCAGUUUUGCAAAUAUACACUCUCAGUCUGGAAUAGUUGAAACACUCCUUCACCCUGUAACUACACCCCUUUUCAAUCCCAGCAGAAGAAUAAUGUAGUACUAAAUGCAAAUCCCCCAGAAAUGAUUGCCUCUGAUUCUGGAAAUAUUUGCUUCUAUACAUUUACAGUGUAUAUUAUAAAUUAUUUUAGGAUAAGCAACUUGUGUUCAUGCUCUUUAGAAACAUAUUUUGAAGGAGUUAAUUCUAUAAGUCUACGCAUGUUAUGAAUACUAGCUAUGUAGAAUAUUGUUUUUAAGAAGGAAGUAAAGUAAGCCAAUCAUGUGUCUAUUUAUUUGUUAUCUUUACUAACAAUGAGUAAAUGUUGCCUGAAUACAUAUGGGCUUCUGCUACUAUAGUCUGUUACUGGGGAAAAAAAUCUGAACUAGACUUUAAUCUUUGUAAUGGGUUGGCUGCACUAACUAAUUUCACUAGCAGAAUAUAAUAAUUCCUACUUUCCCUAGUUUUCCUCUUUGGAAUAAGUUUCUCACUGGACUUGAUUCAACAGCAACAACAAAAUACUGUAAGAUUAAACUAUUCUCCAGAUAUUUUUCUGUGCAUUGAAUGAAAAGUACAAAAAAUUAGAUUUUCCUUUACUCUUUUGUGGGUUAUUGCCUCUUCUUCAUUUCUUAGUCUAUGAUUCAAACAUCCAUUCAGAUUCCCUCACUCUUAAGCUCACUCUCAGCACUAUACAGUGAGACUCCUACUAGAUUUUAGUUUCAGAAGUGCUUUAUAUCUUUUGAAACCCUACAAAAAAUUGCCACCAAAUUAAUUUUUCUAAAACAAUGUUUUCAUCUCUAUUUCUUAUUCAGUUUCCAAAUAAGACACAGUUGCAUUGACCUCGUUCUAAUGUUUUUUUUUUUUAUUUUGUUUUGUUUUUCCCCUGACUGAUGAUGUACCAUGACAUAAGGACAGUAAGGACAAAUGUCUGGCAAUGUUUUCCUUAUUCCCUCAUCCAUGGCAAGUCUCAUUCAUCAGGUCAAGUGUUGUUUUUCAAGAAGUCAACAAAGCCAAGUGAAGUGGUGCAUGAAUAAAAUAUAAAUAAUAGGGCUGCAGAUGUGGCUGAGUGGUUAAGUGCCUCCUGAGUUCAAUCCAUAAUAACAACAACAAGAAAAAAUUCAAUGAACAGCUUAAAGAUUUUUUUUUUUCAUCAGAGCACAAUUAGGCCCUCACUUCCCAAAGGGAAAUGAUAUCUAUUUCAUUUCACUCCACCCUGUUCUCAUGAGAUCUGUUCUAACUUGUCCUACCCACACCACUUAAUCUCUUAAUCUCUUUUCCCAUUGAUCUUAUCUAAAAAGUUAAACCCUUUGAGGAUUUUGACAGUUGAGUAUAUGCCCCAUUUCACUUUAAUCAAGACAACACUCUACUCCAUAUUACAUAUUCCUUUUCAUAUACAGACAAGAAGUUAAUAUAAUCUCUUUCAAAUACUUGCUAUUAAAGAGAUGUGGGAAGCCAAUUAUUUUGCUAGAGUUCUUCAGACAACUGAGAAAGGCAAGAAGGAAAAAAUGGGCCUAAGAAUAGGUAGUUUUUAGUAAGCUACCUGCACAAAUGUCUCAUUUAUUUCUUGUGAUCAUUGAAAGUGUUAUAAAUAAAAUAUUUCCAUGUUAUUAAAACAUGACUUUCAACAGCAAGCUUUUUAAGCAGCCAGCUACUUAGUACAAGCAUAUUGAAAUGACUUUAUCCAAUCUUAUUGUUUUCCCAAGAUCAGUUGUCACAUCUGUGAAUAUUAUUGGAGAAAAUUCAUGGAUAAGAUUUAUUGCACAAAAAAUGGAAUUAAUUUAGAAAUAAAGUGUAUCUCCAAAUCAUUAAAUUUUAUUAUCUAUUUCUGAAGA